UUGUGCCACUAGGCAACAGCGAGUGUACCACUGGAGCUGAGGAAGUGCGCAGGAGCCGCGCAGGGAAAUCGACGGGGAAAGACGGAUCGAAGCGGCCAAAAGAGCGUCUGGUGGAUAUUUACCGGAGAACCAUGAGAACCCGUUCGCUAUUUCUCUGAGAGGGGAAUAGGUGCCCCGGAAAGAGCCGGCUAAGCAGCGUCGAUGCGCGCACCCAAAAAUGACGACAGUGGGACAGUGAUUCUCUUCCUCCAUCUCGUCGUGUUUUACAGUCAGACGCUUGGAUGCAACUCAUCUCACAUGCGUACAGGUUACAAAAGGAGCGCUGGAAACCUUGAUCAUCUCCAACGCAGACGCGAGUGCGCACGUUCCGACCGGGAAACCUUUUCCAGCGACCAAUUACGCGGAGAUAUUGGGUUUUUUGGGGCGGUGGAAGGAUUUUGAACUUUCGUAUGAAAACUUACUCUCCGAGUACAAUCUGGAACAGGUCGAUAUAGACACAACCUUUCACGGGCGAUGAGCAGCUGAUAAACCUGUAAAAAAAAAACUGCACUGUGGCUUGCGCGUUUUUGGAAUCCUUCACCCUGGGAGUUGCUUGUUCCUUCAUAUGGCUUCUGUCCUCGGGGCUCGUAAACCUGCUCGUUCGUUGCUGAUAUUUCAUGGCUGUAGAGUGUAGUACCAGUAGCGUGUGGCGAAGGAGGACGGUGCAAGACUAACUGGGGCGGGGGGGGGGAGGAGGGGGGCGAACACAGUGCACUUUUAUCGCCUUAUUUCCAAAAGAGGAGACAUUGCGCGCGGGCAUCACCGACUGCGGCAACAACAACCCAGACUUUUUUUUCUCCCCCCUCUACACCACUGAAUCCUUUGUUACUCCUUUCGCUGCUGUCAUCGUAGUAUGUCUGCACUCCGAAAGAAAUUUGGGGACGAUUAUCAGGUAGUGACCACCUCAUCCAGCGGGUCUGGAUUCAACCAGCCUCCCCCGGAGAAAAAGAGGAAGAGGCAGCGGUUCGUGGACAAGAACGGGCGAUGUAACGUCCAGCAUGGGAACCUGGGGGGUGAGACCAGUAGAUACCUCUCGGACUUAUUCACAACGCUAGUCGAUUUGAAAUGGCGAUGGAAUCUAUUCAUUUUCAUCCUCACCUACACAGUGGCUUGGCUCUUCAUGGCCUCCAUGUGGUGGUGCAUCGCGUACAUCAGAGGAGACCUCAACAGAGCCCACAACGAAAAGUACACUCCGUGUGUGGCCAAUGUCUAUAACUUUCCCUCGGCCUUCCUCUUCUUCAUAGAGACCGAGGCCACCAUAGGAUAUGGUUACAGGUACAUCACGGACAAAUGCCCCGAGGGGAUCAUUCUCUUUCUUUUCCAGUCGAUCCUCGGAUCAAUUGUGGAUGCCUUUUUGAUCGGCUGCAUGUUCAUCAAGAUGUCUCAGCCCAAGAAAAGGGCCGAGACGUUGAUGUUCAGUGAGCACGCGGUGAUUUCUAUGCGGGAUGGAAAACUAACUCUCAUGUUCAGGGUCGGCAACCUGCGUAACAGCCACAUGGUCUCCGCACAGAUCCGCUGCAAAUUACUCAAAUCUCGCCAGACGCCCGAGGGCGAGUUUCUUCCGCUGGAUCAGUUGGAGUUGGACGUGGGUUUCAGCACUGGGGCAGACCAGCUCUUCCUCGUCUCACCCCUCACGAUUUGCCAUGUGAUUGACACCAAAAGCCCCUUCUACGACCUCUCCCAGAGAUCCAUGCAAACAGAGCAGUUUGAAAUUGUGGUGAUACUUGAAGGAAUAGUAGAGACUACAGGGAUGACGUGCCAAGCGAGGACGUCUUACACCGAGGACGAGGUUCUGUGGGGACAUCGCUUCUUCCCAGUUAUCUCCUUGGAGGAAGGCUUCUUUAAAGUGGACUACUCUCAGUUCCACGCUACAUUCGAGGUGCCCACCCCUCCGUUCAGCGUGAAGGAGCAGGAGGAGGCUCUGCUCCUCUCCUCCCCCCUCAUGGCUCCUUCCCUGUGCAACAGCGGGGACAAGAACAGCUCUCUGGACUGCCUGGAGCCCCUAGGGGACAACGACAGCACCACCAAGCUGCCCACCAAGCUGCAGAAGAUCACGGGGCGGGAGGGUCUGCCCAAGAAGCUCCUAAGGAUGAGCUCCACCACCUCCGAGAUGACUUACAACUUCGGAGACCUGCCCAUGAAGCUGCAGCGAAUCAGCUCCGUUCCCGGCGUCUCCGACGAUAAGCUGACGGGGAAAGCCUCCAAGAUCGGCUCGGAGCCCAUGAGCAAGUCCGUGGCUGACUUACCUCCCAAACUGCAGCGAAUGGCCGGUGGGGGAGGGGGCAGGAUGGACGGACACCUGCCGCCCAAACUCAGAAAGAUGAAUUCAGAUCGCUUUACAUAAAGCAGGCAGGCUAUUUUACCCUGUGCCAUCCUCCCUCGUUUCCCUUCCCUUGUACUAUCCCUAAUUUAUUAAUGGACACUAUUCUUAUAUGAAAAGAAAUGUAGAAAAUGUGCAAACGCACCUUAUAUAAAGUAGGGUGAUGGAAAUGAGCACAUUUGUCCGCGGAUGUAAGUGUACAUGCUAUGAAAGACCUCUGAUAUAUUUUUUAGGGAUGAUGUACAAUUAGCACAAACCGGCAUGUAAGUAACAACGCAUGUCGAGCAGAAUCUCAAUCUUUUUUGGCAUGACGUUUAUUGAAAUAUUAUUUUGCAAAAACAAUUACAUUUGUGAUUUUACAGACAGUGAAAAAUUGCACAAAGCCAUAUGAUUUACAACGAGGAAAACCUGCAUCACAUGGUUCUAAUUUGUGGUGACAAAAGGCACAUACAUUUGUUUUGAGUUGAUUGCUUUUGUCGUUUUAAUGUAAACUUGUGGCAAUGUUACGUUGAUUGCAUGCUCCUCUUAUUGACUUUGCUAUAAAAAAGGUAAUAGACAAAGAUGUUUAGCCUUAAUUAUAUUACCAUGUUUCCAUUUUCAUGUCUGUUCACAGCUGGAUUUUCGGUAUUUCAUAUAUAGACUAUUUUACCAUGUGCGAUUUUAUGACUUUAUGAGUUGAACAAAUACAGAAUAUGUUGCUGGAUGAUGCAUUUUGCAUUAUAAAAUGUAUUAUUGGCAUCAUAUGACCUGUCUGAAGUGGGCAAAAUCCCACCCAAUUUUCCCUUGCUUAUUAAAGUAACACUUAAGUUGAAAGAGUCAAUACUUUUACUUGACAAGCACAAAACAAUCAUUUUAUUCUACUAUAUUAUAUAUUAGAAACCAUUUGUGGACAUUUUUCCUCAUAAAUCAACUGCGGACAGCAAGUCUGUACUGUGCAAUUCCUUUCUUUCAUCAUAUAACAAAAUCAAUACAAACAUAUGGUAGGGCGGUGUGAUCAUUCACACAAGACACUCAAUUAGUAUUCAACUUAGGUGUUACUUGUUAGAUUCAGAGGUGAGCCCUUGAGGAAAUCAUAACACCUGUCUAAAGGGCCCAUAAUUUGCCUCCUUUUGUGAUGAAAGCAAUAAUAUUAUAAUGACUAUAAUCCUUAUAUAGCCACAGGGUCUCCCACAGUCCCACAUUCACUCUGUUUACUGAAUCCAUGCCAUGAAAUCUGGUAUUCUCUAAAUGCAUCAUAGACAUUGUAUGACCAAAUCUCUUCAGGAAUAAACAUCUAACCUAACUGUUCA